AUGGCAUAUUCUUUUUCCACAGCUGAGCAAAUAAAAUAUGUUGUUGUAUUUGCUUGUCUCUUGCUUCUUUUGAAAUUGGAGGGAAUAGUGGCGGCCAAAAAAGUAACAGCAGACAACGAUUCUAAGGAUCUAGUGGUGUUUUUUUCUGGCUCUGCUCCUCAGAUAAAGUAUGAUGUCUUUCUCAACUUUAGAGGUGCAGACAUUCGUGAAGGUUUCCUUAGUCAUUUGAAUAAAACUUUAUAUCAAAAGCAGAUUUUUCCCUUCGUAGAUGACAAGCUCCCCAAAGGGGGUGAAAUAUCGAAAGAUCUUCUUGGAGCAAUUGAAAGAUCAUUGAUUUCAUUGGUCAUAUUCUCACCAAACUAUGCUUCUUCAUCUUGGUGUUUGCUAGAGCUUGUGAAAAUAGUUGAGUGCAGAGCAAAAGAUGGACAGAUUGUGCUACCCGUUUUCUACAAAGUCGAUCCCUCACAAGUACGGCAUCAAAAGGGGGCUUAUAAAAAUGCACUUUCUGAACAUGAAAAAGGGCAUAGUUUAAUCAGGGUGCAAACUUGGAGAUCUGCUCUGAACGAAGCUGCUAAUUUAGAAGGAUUUCAUUCUUCAAAUUUUCGGAAUGAAGCCGAGCUUGUUGAAGAUAUAGUUAAAUGGGUACAGAAGAGAUUGAAACAUGUGCACCAAGUUAACUCAAAAGGAUUUGUUGGAAUUGCAAAACCAAUUUCACAUGUAGAAUCACUGUUACGGUUAGAGUCAGAAGAUGUUCGUGUUAUUGGGAUUUGGGGUAUGGGUGGUAUUGGUAAGACAACUAUUGCAGAAGAAGUAUAUAACAGAUUGCAUGCUGAUUAUGAAGGGUAUUGUUUUCUGGCAAAUGUAAGAGAAGAGUUGGGAAGACAGGGAAUAAUCUCUUUAAAGACAAAGCUUUUUUCCACACUACUAUGGGAACAAGACUUGAAAAUUGAAACCCCAAAUGUAUUGCCUACUUAUGUGGAGAAAAGGCUUCGUCGUAUGAAGGUUCUUAUUGUUCUUGACGAUGUCAAUGAUUCGGAGCAACUAGAAAGUUUAGUUGGAACAAAGGACAGGUUUAAAAAUGGUAGUAGAAUCAUCAUAACUACUAGAGAUAAGCAAGUGCUUGCUAAAUGGGUUGAUGAUAUAUACAAAGUUGAGGCACUGGACUUUGAUGAGUCUUUCCGGCUUUUCAAGUUGAAUGCCUUUGAACAUAAUCAUAUUGACAUAGAAUACUAUGAACUGUCUAAGAGCAUGGUCGAUUAUGCCAAAGGCGUUCCAGUAGUUCUUAAAGUCUUGGGUCAUCUUCUUCGUGGAAAAGAUAAAGAAAUAUGGGAAAGCCAAUCAAAAAGGCUCAAAAAAGUGCCCAAUAAAAAGGUUCAUGAUGUUAUUAAGAUUAGCAUUGAUGAGGAUCUUGAUCAUGAUGAGAAGAAGAUAUUUUUGGAUAUUGCAUGUUUUUUCGAUGGAUUGAAUUUGAAUGUUGACAAAAUAAAACUUCUAUUAAAGGAUCGUGAUUAUUCUGUUGCUGCUGCGUUAGAAAGGUUAAAAGAUAAAGCUCUUAUAACUAUUUCUCAAAAGAAUAUUGUAUCCAUGCAUAACAUUAUACAAGAAACAGCUUGGGAGAUGGUUCGCCAAGAAUCUAUUGAAGACCCCGGACACCGAAGUCGACUGUUGGAUACUGAUGACAUUUAUCAAGUACUGAAAAAUAACAAGGGGAGUGAGGCCAUCAGAAGCAUAGUCCUCAACUCGUCGAUGAUUAAGGAGCUGCAGUUAAGCCCUCAAGUAUUUGCUAAGAUGAGCAAACUACAAUUUCUUGAUUUGUAUUGUGAUUGGCCUUAUAAAGUGUUGUAUCUUCCUCAAGGGCUUGAAUCUUUGCCAAAUGAACUACGAUAUCUUCGGUGGGCUUCCUACCCUUUGGAAUCCUUGCCAUCCAAGUUUUCUGCGGAAAAUCUUGUUGAAUUGAACUUGCCCUACAGCCGAGUGAAAAAACUUUGGCACCAAGUGCAGGAACUUGAGAAUUUAAACACCCUCGUACUGCAUUCAUCCACAAGCCUGCUGGAACUGCCAGACUUUUCAAAGGCCACAAAUCUUAAAGUCAUAGAUCUCCGUUUUUGUCUAGAGCUGACUAGUGUGCAUCCAUCCGUUUUCUCUCUCAACAAGCUUGAGAAAUUGGAUCUAGGUGGAUGCAUUUCCCUUUCAACCCUUGGAAGCAAUAUCCAUCUGAGCUCCCUUCGUUUUCUCUCCCUCAAUGGCACGGGUAUCAAACAACUACCCUCCUCUAUUGAACUUCAAAGCAAACUUCAAAAGCUAAAUCUAGCACGCACUUACAUUGAGAACUUGCCUACAAGCAUCAAGCAUCUUACAAAGCUUCGACAUCUAGAUAUUCGCCACUGUAGCGAGCUUCCGACUAUACCUGAGCUUCCCCCAUCACUUGAAAUACUAGAUGCCAGUGGCUGCAUAUCACUGGAGAGUGUGUUGUUCCCUUCAACCACUAGUGAACAACUGAAUGAAAACAAGAAAAGGGUAGCCUUCUGGAAUUGCUUGAAAUUGGAUGAACAUUCUCUCAGGGCUAUUGAGCUGAAUGCGCAAGUUAACAUGAUGAAAUUUGCAUUCCAACAUUUAUCCACAUUUGGUCGUGAUUAUGAUGCUCAAAUCACUAAUGUUAAUGCUGCUCAAAGCACUUAUGUGUAUCCGGGAAGCAAAGUUCCAGAGUGGCUGGUGUAUGGGACAACACAAGACUCCCUAACUAUUGAUCUCUCUUUUGGUCCGCAGUCCCCUGAGAUGGGCUUCAUUUUUUGCUUCGUAGUUCCGCAGGUUCAAUCAGAGGGUUUGUUUUUUAAAUUUAAGAUCAGUGUUGGUGAAGAUGAAGGUAACACUGUGUACCUGGACAGACCACGUCAUGGAAUUAUAUCGGAUCAUGUGUAUCUAAUGUAUGACCAAGGAUGUUCCAGCUACCUGAAUAGCCAAGCCAAACAUCAGCCAAGGUUUAAAAUCAAGGUUACAGCAGCAUCACGAACACUGACAUCACAGUACGUGCCAUUGCUGUUAAGAGGGUUUGGGGUCAGCCCAGUAGAUGCCUCACAAUAUCUCAGUUUUCUUCAACAAAUAUUUGAAUGAUAGUACUAUUCCAACAUACCAAUUUUUACUGAUAUCAUGAUGGCGAAUUCUAGGAGUAGUUCACGAGAUUGCUUUGUUACGGGUCCAUUGAAUUGGGGAAUUUGUGCUUGUUGUCACGUCAUCUAUGAUAUUGUAAGUAGGGGUGCUAAACAGACCAAAGCCUUUCAGGGGCCUUUGGCUCGCCUCGUGAAGAAGUUGCCAUUGUCUGUUUUUGGCUUCGGACAUACUGACAGAAGCAAGGAGAAGGUAGAAGAAGGUUCCUCAUUUCUUGUGCGCUGA